AAAAGUGAGAAGGAUGCAGUGCGCUGGUGACAGCCCUAAAUGGGGUCAAUCUCCCGUGGAUAUAGACGACAAUCAUGUUCUUAGAGUAGAAUAUCCUCCGCUUACUAUGAGUGGCCAUUGGAGUCAGGAUGGUUAUGCGAAUAUAAGGAACACUGGAUCUACCGUCGGAAUAACUCUGGAGGGUAAUAGAAGUCCAGCUAGUAUACGUGGUGGUCCGCUGACAGACGACGUAUACGAAUUCUCGGAAGUUGUCUUUCGUUGGGGCUCAUCGAAUUGUAAAGGAGCCGAACAUACUCUCAAUGGAACGUGGUUUACAAUGGAAGCUCAAAUUAUACACUUUAAUCUUCGAUACGAAGAAAUUGAAAAGUGCUGGGAUAAGAGAGACGGUCUCGCGAUUUGCUCCUAUUUUCUUCAGGUCUAUCAACUUCCCGCUUGGGACGAGCAUCCAUUGUUCUCGAAGAUCACCGAUAAUUUGUAUAAGAUCACCGAACCGGAGUCCACCGCAAAAAUAUCAUCUAAUUGCUUGAGUUGGAUGAGACAAGCCUGUCAAACACCAGGCUAUUAUAGCUACACCGGUUCCAUUACCACUUGGCCCUAUCACGAGUGCGUGACUUGGAUCAUUUUUCCAGAACCCGUACGAAUCUCGGAAAAUCAAGCGCAAUGUUUCAGAAUGUUAAGAAACAAACAAGGAACAUUUAUUAAAGAGAAUUAUCGUGAGGUUCAGAAGCUCAAUUCCCGAAUAAUUUAUUAUAUUUGUUGAAGCUACGUUUCUAUUUCUAUAAAGAUUGUAUAUCGGUCCAUUAUUCAUAUUUCAUUAUACUACACAUAUAUAUUUGUUUAGUAUGAUUUAAUAAAACACAUCAAUGACAAUAUACGUCAAUAUGUGUUCGUUAACAACUUCACAAUGGAACUACACUACACACGACAUGAUUCAAACAAUUACAAAAUCGAUAAACUAACGAAAUUACAAAAUGUUUUCAAAAUUCAAUAACAAUUUUGUU